AUGUUUAUGAGUCAUUAUGCUGAUUAUCAUUGUAGAUUGCGUGAUGUAUGUCGUGCCCUCCAGGAAACGCAAGAAAGAGUUGCAGUUCAGCGGAAGGAAGUGGAAACAAUUUUAGAAGAAGAAAAAGAAUUUCGUGAGCUGGCUGAACAAGUCCAAUGUGCAGGAGUUCAAUUGAAAGCAUUGCGAGAUGAUAUAGAGAAAAUAAAAUGUCGAAUAAUGACUUGUCGUAUGAAGUUAAUUCAUUUGAACGAUGAAAAAUUUAAGAAAGGUUUGAAGAUUUUCUAUUAUGAGUACCUGGAAUAA